UAAUAAUACCUUAUAAUCCAAUUGUUGAAAAUUUUCAUAAUCAAGAAGAAUUAGAUAAAUCUAUUUUAUUAGAUGAAUCUAAUUUAAAUGAAUCUAGUUUAAAUAAUGAACAGAUAAAUAGAUUUAAAAAAAUUUAUUAUGAAAAUAAAAUUGAAAAUAUUGAUGAUAAUAAUGAAGAUUCAAUUCUAAAUAUUAAAAACAAAUUAGAAAAAAAAGAUGAAGAAGCUCAAUAUAAAAAGUUACAAACAACAAUAUGUUGUAAAGAAAAAUAUCUUCAAAAUUUAGUUUCUCAUAAACAUGCUAUUUUAAAUUAUCAAAAUUUUCAAAAUUUAAAUAAUAAUCAAAAGAAUAUGUUUUUACUUGAAAUCUUAUCUGCAACUGCUCGACAAGAAAUUACUACUAUAGGACAAAAACGUAAUAAACUUGCAA